GCCAUUUUGUUGUGAUACGUCUACUAGUGCAUGGCUUGCGAAGAAAAGGUGUUUUUAGAAUACAAUGAUGUUGUGUUUAUAGAAUUUGGACGCACAGUGAUACGUGAGACUGAUAUGUGAAUAGUUUUAUUCAUUUUGGAACGCAUAAACAGGUGAAAGAUGGCGGAAUUGGACAAGUUUAAACGGCGUAUCAUCAGGACGGUAGCACGGAUGAAGAGGGUGGAGAAGAAACCAGAAGAGGAAAUAUGGACAGAACUAAAAAAGGAGACCAAAUGUGAUUGCAAACUGCUAUGGGAACGCAUGCGUAGUCUCACGCUGAAGAAAAUGAAGCGACUUCUCAUAGCCGAAGAUAAGCUGGACAACAUUAUCCCUAUAGCGAGGAUGACGCUUUCCGAUUGGCUUAUCUUCGAUCUGGUGUUGGUACACGAAGAUAUUGACGUCAUUGGAGAGGACAUGGGUGUUGUAACUGACUUGCGCCCGCUCGCCGAUCUUUUAGAUAUUGUGGAGAAAUUCAAAAUUGAAGGCAAACAAGGAGAGGCACUUGCUCAAGCCUGGACAGCUGCCACUAUCGCAUAUAACACAGAAGGAAGACAAUGCUCACCGAUGCUCCUGCAAAAACGUUGGUACCAGUUAAAAAAGGUAUCCAGGAACAGAUUUUACGAGUUCUGGGCAAAUUAUCGAGGAAUUUCAAAACUACUAGAGAACUGCAAGAAAAAAGUACCUAUUAGUAGAUUGAAAAUGAACGUCGCCCAAAGAUUCCCACAUAUCAUCACAAAGCCAUUUGAAGAAUGGGAAAAACUCAUAGAACAAAGAUUCAUAAUAUUACCAGAAGAAAUCGAGAAAAACAUCAAAUCAAAGUUACCUUCGACUCCAGAUGGUAAGGACAGUGGUGACGUAGAUCUCGUAUUAUUGGAGCCAAAUAUCGAAACUAUUGACAUAAGCGAUGCCGAUUCAAAUUCAGAUAACUCUAAGAAUGAUGAAGCAAUGAAAGAUUCUUCCGACAAUGAACUGUCAAAUAAAGGAGUAGUUAUUAAAACUGAACCUCUAGAAGAAACUGAUACUAUUGAUAAAGAGAAACUAGCUAAAGAAAGAGAUGCUAUGUUACUAGAAAGUAUUCCGGAUAUUGAUGAUGAAGUAUAUGGUAUUGAGAAUGACAGCGUAAAGAUAAAACUCGAGGACGAAAAGACAACUGAUGUUGACGAUGAAAACGUCGCGUUAGAAACUGAAUUGAACACAGAAAAUAUGGAAACGGCAAUUGUUAUUAAUGAAACAGAAACAACACAAGAUGUAUGUUAUGAGAACACAGGUCCCACUAAUUCACAACUAGAAGAUAUUAUUAAAGUAAAAUCAGAAGGUAUUUCUUUAGAGAAAGGUGUUGAGUGUCUGGAAAUAGAGAAUGAUUUGAAGUCCGCGCAAAAUGAAUCAAUAGGAAUGCCUCAAAUAGCUAAGGUGUUUAGUAAUGUCAAUGUAACGGAAAAACUUGGUAACGUAUUGAAAAACGUAGAGAGCAUUCAACAUACUGUCAAAGUACGUAAACAAUCGGAACCUCCUGUUCCACCUGUUGGAGAAUCUUUAGUAAACACGCCGGGUGAUAUGAAUACAAAUAAUGACGAUGACAGUGAAAUAAAUGAGAAACUAAUAUCUUACUUGCAAAAUAACAAAAGAAAUGAGGAAUCAAAAAGUCAAACUGUAGAUGUCAAUACUCUUUCUGGAGAAGAAGAAGUGUCGAAAGAGGAUACAAUAAAUAACGAGCGGAAUCCCUAUUUGGAUAUUCCUACUGAUUUAACGUUCGCAGAUGAUGGAAUUGAAUUAGUUGAGGAUGGAAUCGAGUUGGAAGAAGACGAAGACAUUAUAAAACCUAUCCAAGAGUGUGAUAUCAAAACUGAAAGAACUCGUGAUGAUGUGAGUAAAUCAGCAAAUGAUGUCCAAACAAAUGACCUCGAAGAAGAAAAUGCUAAAUUUGAUUUGAAGCUAUUAAUGCAACCUGUUGUAUAUACAACCAGGUUAGACGAAAUGGAUGUGUUUAAAAAUAUAAAAAUAGAUGCUGUUUGUGAUAUAAAUGUUAUAAACUAUGCUCUAAUUGAAAGCAAACCUAUAAACAAAAUGAAUCAACAUUUUAAAGAAGAAAACGAAGAAACGGAAAAAGAUUUUACAUCACAAAAUAUAUCGAAUAAUCGUGAUGAUUCUCAAUCAGAAAAUGAGAUGAGUGAACCUGACGAUUUGACUGUUGAUAAGAAAGUAAAAUUGUCUAGUUACCUUUUACUAAAACCUAGGAGUCGUAGCUAUAAUCCUAUACAACUUUGUAAAAAUCCCGAUUUCAACACUAGAUUAAAGCGAUUAACAUUUGGUUUUUUGAGUUCAACUCGUAAUCGAUCUUUUUUGAAAACAUUGAAGCCAAUCACUAUCGAUGUCAGUAAGGCUUUCGAAAGUAAACUAAUUAAUGGUACUAUGUACUUACAAUCAGGAGAAUCGAAUCAAAAAUUUGAAACAUUAGAUAAGGCUGUAGAAAAAUCCACUUCUGUUUUCCCUUCUGCGAUGCCUGUUCAAAGUUUGAUUGACAAUGCUGUAACCCAGUGCAUAUCACAAACUGUAAAUACGAAAAUUAGGAAUCCCAUCACGCGAUCGGAUGACAAUAAUACUUUCCCCGAAAGAAGUAGGCUAAUUAAUCUACCUGAUUUGGAUCAUGUUCGUAAAAUGAAUAAACGUUUAUUUACUGCAGAAAUAACACCAAUGCGAAUUCAACGUCCCAACGAAAAAUGUGUACCACCAGUACAGCUGGUGUCAUCACUUACAGAAACGCCACCAGGUAAAGAUGGUGUAACCAGUAAUUAUAACUAUUCUAGUACUGAAGUGAAAUCGGGUUUAUUUCAAUCAAAUAUUGUGCAAGACCAUGCUAAAACACUUUAUAAACCCAUGCCUAAAGUACAUAAAGAAACUCUUCUUCUCGAGGAACCCGUCCAAAGUAAACGUGGUCCUAAGGCCGGUUCAAAAUUUAAAAAGCCUAAUUACAAAUAUAAUGCGCCUAUUAGAAGGCAACAUGUAAGUGGAAUAACAUGGUUAAGUAAGCCAGUACAGCCAGUGAAACUCCACAAUGACGCUUUGCUGACAAUAGAUACGCUUAAUAAAAUGUUGAAUAUAAUUAAAAAUAACAGUGUAGAUCCACAGGUCGAAAUUGUAAGCAAAGUCAAGACAAAAAAAGGAAAAUCGUUAUUAGAGAAAGAAAAAGACGAACUAACAAAUAGAUUAUUAGAAUUCGAGAACAACUUAAAAGAGCAAACCCUUGAUAAUGAAAUUUCUAAGGAACAAGAUGAUAUAGUACAAAAUGAUAAGGUACAAGAUGAUAAAGAACAAAAGGAGAACUCUAAAGACACGAGUUCAACAGAUAAUCAGGUUCUAUCGUCUAAACCAACGGACACAAAUUUACAAGUUUCUAGAAAACCAAAACCUAGAGUUUCUGAUUUUUGUUGUUGGGCGCGAUAUCAACUUCAUUUUCCUAAAAAGAGACCAAAACAUAAGUGUCCUCGCAUUUGUGUUUGUUGCUGCCGCCAGGAGUUAAUUGACACCAAGUGGAGGCAAAAAGUGAAGGAACGAGUAAAUCGCGAAAUCAAACAGCAAAGGGAGAAGUGGACCCAGGAUAAAAAAUAUGCUAAUAUAUCAGUUUCACAGACACAACCGACAUCACCGCAAGAAAAGAUAACAUCACAAAAAACGGAAAUCUCUAUACAAUGUGACCUUCCUCCUGUUAAUCUCCCUACUACAGAAUUGCCGAAAGAGGAUCCCCAAAAAGAUUCUCGAUUGACUGAGGUAUCCAACAUAUCGCCAAAUGUUAUCGUUAUUGACGAGACAGAAGAACCAGAAUCUAUAAAGGAACCUCCUACUAAUAAAUACUUAUCUGUUAAAGAAACUAUGGACGGAAGUGUUGUAAAACCUCG